AUGUUGGGCCUGAAAGCGCGAAUGGCCAUCAUCGACAACUCCGGCGGGCUGAUUGCAGAAUGCGUGAAUGUACUGCGAAACAAGACAACCCAAGGUCUAGGUCGAGUUGGUGAUGAGAUUGUUGUCGUAGUACAGAAAGCUCGCCCAGUCUCCAACACGCCAGGCCAAGCAAACACACAAAAGGUUCGUCGGGGCGAUGUCCGACAUGCCGUCAUCGUGCGCACUAAAAAGGAGAUGACCAGACCAGACGGUCGUGUCAUCCGCUUCGACGACAAUGCAUGCGUCCUGCUGAACAACAAGAAGGAGCCGCUAGGCACACGAGUCAAUGGUGUCGUAGCCAACGAGCUCCGUGCUGCAGGCUGGGGCAAAAUCGCAAGUCUGGCGCCCAAGGUCAUCUAG